CACCUCUGCCGACCCGCCCUCGGCUCCCCACCGCUCCGGGGAGCGAGUCCCGGAACCCCACACUGGCGGGCACCGAGCGGGAGCCCCCCACAAGCUGCAGCCGGGCGCCUCGAUGCCGGAGCAGAGCAGGGUUCCAAGCCUGAGAAAGACAUAACCUUGUGCCUGCCUGCCUGCUUCACUCUCUGGCCCUGCUGGUCUCUCAGGGUGUGAGACAUACUGACCUUCACUGCUCAGCCAAGGGUUCCGAGAACUCGACUUUCUAUAGACCUGUCUUGCUGAUUGAACCCAGGGUGUUGUUACACCUGAAGGGAGAGAGGAGUGGGCGGUCAAGGCUCCUGAGCAAGAGCCCUCUGGGGCCUCAGGCAGAGGAGUGAAACUGGAACCGUCAGGGAACAUGAGUGAAUUUUGGCACAAACUGGGCUGCUGUGUGGUAGAGAAACCCCAGCCGAAGAAGAAGAGGAGACGGAUCGACCGGACCAUGAUUGGAGAACCAAUGAAUUUUGUCCACUUGACUCACAUUGGCUCUGGGGAGAUGGAGAACAGAGAUGGACUUGCCAUGACAGGUGCGGUUCAGGAGCAGAUGAGAUCCAAAGGAAACCGAGACAGGCUAUGGAGCAAUUCUAGGGGCUUGUAACUCCAACAGGAAUGGUUCUGCUGUCUGAAGUCUCCACUCUGUGCCCAGCCCAGAAAAGAUGCUAUCCCCACCAGAUCCCUCCUAAAACCAGUGUUCCCAGGGCCCCUCUUUUCCUUAUCUGCCUGAUAGUGCCUCAAAAGGCUUGGGGGCUGGACUCCCUCUACUUCCUCUGGCAAUAGCCCCUCCUGGAGAUGGGGUCAAGGCAGCAGGACUGACCAAGUGACUACUGGUUGGCCAGAGGAGUUCAGCUGAAGCCCUGGACACUCUCAGAUCUGAAAUAGGAGUUUCUGGAAACCUGGAAUGAGUUCCCUUCUCCUGAAUGAUGGUCUGGGUGCCCCUGUUUUUAAACUAUUAACCUGGAACUCCUUAAAUGGCAGGUGGGUGAGGUUACCAAGCCAAAGCUGGCUUUGCUGAGAAGCUCCCUACCUCCCUGCCCUUCUCCUUCCUCCUGGAAUGAACUGAAGCAGACAUCAAGCAGGGGCUGGGAGGGUAACCACUGCCUAGUCUACUCUUUUUAAAUCUCAGACCUUAAUCUCUCUCUGCCAAUACCAGCGUCUUUCUCUAGUUAGGCCUCUAACCCUGUUUCUGUAGUAUUGCUAGCUCCCCAGUAUUUUCUCUUUUUUUAAAUUAAUUAAAAUUUUAAUUUAAGAUGAGUUCUCUUAAUUACCCCCACCCUGCUACUACCUCUGUCCUUAACCCCAUCCCUGAUAAGAACCUUGUUUCCCAUUGAAUAAGACUCACAGUAAGAGAUGGAUCUUAACCUGAUGACAUUCCAGUUAGGUCUCGGGGACUUGGCCUGCCCACUGCCAACCUCCCUGCUGGCCCAGGUGAGAGGAGGAAGAGGGAUCUGGAGAGAAACCCAGAAUGCAGCAAAACUAGGAGUUAUGUCUCAGGGUGGACUUCCUUUCUGACCAUGAGGGUGGAAAGUGGGGAGAUAAAUUGGUUGCAAAUAAUUAGCUGUGAGUUUAGAAAUCUUAGUCCUCACAACCUGGGAGCAGGGAGACACAUAAAGCGAGGUUUCUCAGUGUGGACACUUAACAUUUUGGGUGGGAUAAUUCUUAGUAGUGGGGGACUGACCUGUGCAUUACAGGAUGUUUAGCAGUGUCCCUGGCCCACCCUAGUGAUAACCAAAAAUGUCCCCAGACAUUGCCAAGUGCCUCCCAGUUGAGAGCCAGUGCUCUAGAGUCAACAUAUUUUUCUCUUAAGUGAUUUCUAUCCCCCAUCCUAACCCCAUCCCAUUAGUCAUCCUAAGCCUGAGCCUUGAUGAACUAGACUCUGUAAAGUAGGCUUAAUAGGGUUGCACAUAAUCUUCAAAUAGUUCUUUAGCCAUCGUGUUGCUUGUGCUUGCAUGGGUUGUUUCUGUGAUGGACAUGUACAAUGCUUCUCCUUUCUUGUUCAGUGGGGAGGGGUUCCUGUAGUGGUGGGAUUAGGGAAGGGUGGGAGAGAAAAUCAGUAGAGUCAUAGACACCCCAGCACUCUCCUCCCCAAAUUUUAAGCUCUAUUUCUGUGCCCUAGUCCUGGAACCAGACGUAAAUAAGACUCAGGGAGUUUUGUCUGAAGAACAGGUCCCACUCUCCACCGGGCUGAAGAGUCUGCUUUAGGUGGGAAAGAAAUGGAGUAGUAGGUUCUUUAGACACUCAGUUUUCUCAGGUGUUUUUUGUUCUGGCCCCUUCUUUGCAGGGAGAUUAGGAAGACAGAACGGGACAGAUGAGCUCCUGCCUGCUCUGUAUGCAGAAGGCGGGGGUCUCGGUAGUUCAGUAAAAGGAAGCAUCCUGUUUGAUGGUAGUGGGGGUCAGGAAUGUGGGAAUGAGGACCCACUCUGCUGAUUCCACCAUCCAUGCAGUUUGCCCCACCUACAAUUACUGAGGUUCUAAUUUUUUCAAGUUUCAGUGUAUUUCCUGAAGUUUUUCAGGGCCUAAGAUUGCUCAUAUUUAUAACAUUCCCAUUUACUCUGUUACAGUCAAGUUAGUUGCUCUGAAAGUAGCUCAAUAGCAUGAGGGUUUUACUAGAUCUAAAGGGUUGACAGGAUAGGGUAGAAAGAUGGGGGCUCCUGGACUCUCUGGUCCCCCUGAUCUUUUGCCUUAUUCUUAACGCCGAUUCUUUGGACGUAAUCUUUUCUUUGGUUCUCUGUCUCCUUUAGCUACCUUCUCUAAUGUGUGUGCUACCAUCACUUUAACAAUAUUUAGAGUGAUGGGAAUGGUUUUGAGAGUCAUAAUUUAUAUUGAACAUUUGUUGGACUUCUAAAUACAUUUUUCAAAUAAAAAGUUUAAGCAAAAUAGUCACAGAGUAAUCACUACAGAUGUAUGUUGGGUUAAAUGAUAAAUAUGGCUGAUGAAGGUAACCCCUAGAAAGUGGCUAACGUGGGAUUUUGUACCAUUGUCCUUUCUAAGGAGAAAAGGCUGUUGUGAAGGCAAGACCAUCAUCUAAGGGUUCAACUCCUGCUUGGCAUUCAUAUCAGUUUUUUCAAAAGAAGAACUGUGUUUAAAAACAACUGGAAAUGUAGAUGAACAACAACCAUUUUAUCCUGGGGGAUGGGAAGGGCCCAAGCCAGAUGCUGCUGGCUACCCAGUUCAAUUUUAUAAGAUUUUUGGUCUCUCCUCCCUCAGAUACCUCUGUAAAAAGACACAAGGCCAAACAAUGUUUUUUCUAGUUUUGUUUUUCUGUACUAAAAAUACUCAGUGGGUGCUGGGAUUGAAAGGGGAGGAGAGGUUGAGAUGCUGACACCUCUUCUUGCAGAUCAAGUGGCCAUUACCUCCGGUUUCUGUCUAUCUGGGUAAGGAAACAAAAUAGAGAAAAGGGGAAAUAUUAUAUUGGCAUCUGUUUCAUUUUUCCUUGCUUUAUCUCCCUUUCCCCACAAAUCCUCAUUCCCUCAACACUACUGCCCCCUACUGAUGAUGCUUUUUUAUAUUGAAUAAUGGCAUUGGACACAAGGAGAAAGACAAAAACCAUUAAAGCAACCAUGUAUACAUUUUAUUGUCCUGCUCUCCCCAAAGUUCCUGUCAUCCUAUCAAUUGAGAAUAUUUUAUCAGGUCAAUCAGAGCCUUCGGUAGCUCUUUUGAUAAAGCAAAGGACUGUCCUUCCUCGAGAGUCCUUAGGUUGCUGAGAAUAAUCCUAGGACAGUUCUUAUGGAUAGUGGUGAUUAAGAGCAUUGGUACUACUGUCAAAUCUGGUUUAAAUCCUGCUGUGACUCUGCCACUUACUAGCUUUAUAAACCCCUAUUUCU